UACCAAAUAUCAAUUGCAACUAACUUCAUUCUAAUUAAUUUAGUUUCCUUCAAGAAAGUUUUGAGAUCUUCUGAAAUAAAUAUCCUCACUUUUUUAAAGAAAAAAAUGGCUUUACACGUUCCAAAGGCCCCUGGCAUGGCACAAAUGUUGAAAGACGGUGCCAGAUAUUUCACUGGGCUUGAAGAAGCAAUAUUUAGAAAUAUAAACGCUUGCAAACAAUUCGCUCAAUCUGUGCGUACUGCUUACGGACCGAAUGGAAUGAAUAAAAUGAUAAUAAAUCAUAUCGAAAAACUUAUUGUCACGAGUGAUGCUGCCACAAUUAUAAAAGAAUUAGAAGUUGAACAUCCAGCUGCAAAACUGAUGGUGCUUGCUUCAGAAAUGCAGGAAGCAGAGGUUGGAGAUGGUACAAAUUUUGUCAUAAUCUUUGCUGGUGCACUUCUCGAAGCUGCUGAAGAUCUUUUACGUUUGGGUAUCACAACUUCUGAAAUCGUUGAGGGUUAUGAAACUGCCCUUGAAAAGUCCCUUGAAAUUCUUCUUCAACAAGUUGUUUUUGAAGUGAAAGAUCUACGUGACCUUGAACAAAUUAAGGGGGGAAUUAGAACCUCUGUUAUGAGUAAACAAUAUGGACGAGAAGAUUUUCUUACUUCCCUUAUUUCACAAGCUUGCGUUUCUAUUCUGACAGAAAAUUCCCAUUUUAAUGUGGAUAAUGUUAGAGUUUGCAAAAUUAUUGGUUGUGGAAUUCAGUCAUCUCAGAUAGUCCAAGGAAUGGUUUUCAAACGUCAAGUUGAAGGCGAUGUCACAAAAAAAAUGAAUUGCAAAGUAGUAGUAUAUACCUGCCCUGUUGAUAUCACACCUACUGAAACAAAAGGAACUGUUCUAAUAAAAUCAGCCGAUGAACUUUUAAAUUUCUCCAGAGGAGAAGAGUCAAUGCUUGAAGCUCAGAUCAAGUCAAUUGCAGAUGCCGGAGCUGAAGUAAUUGUUUCUGGUGGAAAAUUUGGUGAUAUGGCUCUUCAUUAUAUUAACAAGUACAAUUUGAUGGCUGUACGACUUCCAAGUAAAUUUGAUAUUAGAAGACUUUGCAAAGCAGUCGGUGCCACAGCACUUACAAAAUUAGCGCCACCUACUUCGGAAGAAAUGGGAUUUGCAAGCAGUGUUCACAUUGAUGAAUUAGGCGAUACAGCUGUUGUUGUCUUCAGUAUGGAAGGAAAGGACAGUCGAAUUAGCACAGUUGUAAUUCGUGGAUCUACUGAAAAUUAUAUGGACGACAUUGAACGUGCUAUUGACGAUGGGGUUAACACUUAUAAGGGAAUGACUCGAGACGGACGUUUUGUUUCUGGUGGAGGUGCUACCGAAGUUGAAUUGGCAUUUCAAAUAGCUGAAUUUGCAAAUACAUUACCCGGUCUUGAACAAUAUGCUGUGCGUAAAUUUGCUUUGGCUUUAGAAGUUUUUCCCAAAAUUUUGGCUGAAAAUAACGGUAGCCAACCAUCAGAACUUCUCUCAAAACUGUAUGCUUCUCACAAGGAGGGAAAUAAAACUUAUGGUUUUGAUAGUAGUGAAGGAAGUGGGGAAAUGGUUGACUCUGUUAAAGCUGGAAUUUUAGACUUGUUUUUGACAAAGCAAUGGGCCUUAAAAUAUGCUGUGAAUGCAGCCUGCACCAUUCUUAAAGUCGAUCAGAUAAUAAUGGCAAAACGAGCAGGAGGACCAAAACCCAGAAGUGGAGGCCAUAACAGUGAUGACGAGUAAAAAUCUCCAAAUGAAAAGUACUUUAAUUUUCAAACGUUUAGUAUAAUUUUUUUAUAUGUAAUGUUUAAGAUUAAUUUAAAAUUUCUUGAGUGUUUACAUUGUUUCUUCAAGAAACAGUUUGGCAUUUAAUUUUUUAUAUAGUUAUCUUUAAAAUCAAAUAAUAAAAAAUUAAACCCUUUUCAAUUUAA